AUGCGGAGGGGGAGGCGGCGGCCGGUAGGUGUAGAUAUCCGGUGGUCCGAAGAGGGAAACUGGGGUGGAGGAGGGGGCCAUGGUGAGGAAAGUGAGACACUCAAAAUCUGGAGAUUGUCCGAUUUCUGGUGCAUUGAGUCCAUUGAGGCCCACGAUGAUGCCAUAAACGGGCUCGUGGCCCGAAGUGGGUCUGUUUACUCGUCGUCUGCGGAUAGGAGGAUUAAGGUUUGGGGUAAGGUAAGGAAAAAUGAAGGGCAUUUGGUUAAGGCGAUUUUGGAGGGCCGAAAGGACGUGUCUUUGAAUUCGGUGGCGGUUAGUGAGGACAAGAGGUUCGUGUAUGGAGGAUGUUCGGACAGGUUUAUAAUGAGGUGGUCAGGUAAUAAUGAAGGUUUGAACUGUUGGAAAGUGGUUUGUAAAGUAAAGGGGCAUAAAAUAGCGGUGGCUGAUUCUUGUGCAGUGGGUCGGCUGAUUCGAAGGACGAAAAAAGUGGGAGGGGGUUUGGCCCGACAUUUGGUGAUCAGGGGGCACGAGGGCCCGGUGAAGUGCAUGCGGGCUGGGCCAUCAAGGGUUGGGGGUGGUUUCUUGUUGUAUUGUGGGAUUGUGGAUAGAAGUGUGAGGGUUUGGUGGGUACCGGGUGAUUCGGAGAAGGAUUUGGAUUUGGAUUUGGAUUUGGUUCGG